CUCAUGGCAUAUAUUCCCUCCACCCAGCAUAACCCCACAUAUGUUUCCAGAUAUGGAGUGAGAACAUAGGACAUGCCAUGCCAACAACUCCCCAAUUAUAAAGAGAAACUACAGCUGCCACAUACUCAAACCAGAGCUCAGAGGAUCAAAAAAAAAAUCCACUACUACUCUAUUUGUCAUUUCAUUUUAUCCAUUGUUUUUGCAAAAAAGGAAAACAUUAAAAACAGAACCAUGGGUCAUCAACAACAACAACAUGUGCAAAAUCAAGACACAAGCUUGGUUCUAUCCAGUGAUGCAAAGCCUAGGCUAAAAUGGACUCCAGAGCUUCAUCGGCGAUUCGUCGAUGCUGUCACUCAGUUUGGAGGAGCAGACAAAGCAACACCUAAAGCCUUGAUGAGGAUGAUGAGCAUUCCUGGACUCACCUUGUACCACCUAAAGAGCCACUUACAGAAAUAUAGGUUGGGGAAAAGUCAACAUUCGGAGACCUAUCAAGAAAUUAAUCAACAAGACUAUGAAGCGGAUCCAGGAAGAGAUGUUGAUUUCAAUGGGGAAGCUGGAGAUGAAACCCCUAAUCAAAUUAAUGAUUUACAGAUAGCUCAGGCUCUACAAGUGCAAAUGGAGGUGCAGAGAAAACUUCAUGAACAAAUUGAGGUACAGAGACAUUUGCAGCUGAGAAUCGAAGCACAAGGAAAGUAUUUACAAUCGGUGUUAAAGAAAGCCCAAGAAACACUUGCCGAGUACAAUGCAUCAUCAGUUGGAGUGGAAAUAGCAAAAGCCGAAUUAUCCCAAUUAGUCUCAAUGGUUGACAAUGGCUGCCAGAGUUCAUUGUCGUCCGUGUUAACGGACAUUGGAGGCCCAAGCCCAAAAGAUGCAGAAAAGAAUCAUCUGGUGGAAGGGACCACUGGAUGUUCAUCGUCAGAGAGCUCGGGGCGAAUGCAAGAAAAGUGUAAUGACAACUCUGUUGUACUAUCACUCAUGGAUUUAAGUCCGAGGCCUAAUCAAUCAAGUGGACGAAAGAGGAGAGGGAGCACCAUUUCUGAUGGGAAUUGUGAUGAAAAACAAUCGAAAUCGGAUGAGAAAUUGAACAAGUUUGGAUUAAAGGAUAGGUUUGAUCUGAAUAUCCAAUAUUUGGAUUGAGUUUGAAGUUCGGAGGCAGAGGAAUUUCAGAGGACAUGUUUUGUGAUUUGAGAGAUGGAUAGAAGAUGGGAUUUAAGAAAAAUAUAUAUAUUUAUGUUAUAUAUACUAUCUAAUGUAUUGGUUCUUUAGAGCUUA